CUACCCCAUGAGCACUCUCUAGUUUAACUUUCUAGCGACGUCUCUUCAACUCAACACCCAACCACAGGUCAGAAUUUUUUUUUCUUUAAUUUGUUGAUUUCAUACAGUUGGAAAUUUCCCAUAGGAACAAACAAGAAUGAUUAGGAGUGCUCAAAUUUGAAGUACGAGCAAAGUUUGGAGGACCGGAAAAGGGAAACAGCUUCAUUCACACCCUUUAUUCCAUUUAUACAUUUUUUUAUAUUUGAUUGUAAUCUCGUAUUAGAUGUCAUUUUUUCAUUCACCAUUAUAAAGCCACACUCUUUUAUCGCUACUAAAAAUCCAACCUCGAGAUGUGGAACAACUUCUUCGUGCCCCAUGACGAUGAGGCCCGCGUGGGGCAAGCGGGUGGAGGCCAAGGUGGAGGUCUGGCCGCCUUGAAGGGCAGCCGCACUCAGAGGCGGAACCAGAAGAUGAGUGACAGCCAGGAUGGCAAGAUCAAGCUGGCCUUCCUAGUUUGCGCGGUGGGCGUGACGCUGACUGUGCUAGGAGUGGGAACCGAGUUUUGGGUGGAGUUGGCACAGCCCAAGAACUUUGGUGGCAACCAAACCUGCCAGAUGGCGCACUAUGGUCUGUGGAAGGCUUGCGUGCGAACCCUGUGGGUGGCCGACGUGGACCCCGAGAGGGCUAGCUGUGGCCCCGCUGAACUGCCAGGAGAAUCCAACUGCACCUACUUCAAAUUCUUCACCUCGGGGGAAAACGCUGUCGUCUUCAAGAAGACGACAAGCAAAAACUUAAAUCUGGCGGCAGCCGUUUUGGCUCUCCUAAGUCUCACCAUGAUGGUGACGGGCUCCAUUUGCAUCAUCAUGACUCUCAGCAAAGGUGUUUCCUUCUUCCUCAAGCCGGCGUCCUUCUGCUUCAUCUUCUCAGGCGUCCUGGUCCUCAUCUCCAUCGCGAUGUUCCACCAAUCGGUGCUGGCUCUGCUCGCCAGCGAUCACACGGUCCCUCUACACCACCAGCUGUCCUGGUCGGCGGCCUGUGUUGGUGCGGCGGGGGCGAUUCUCAUUGUCGGGGGGCUAUUUUUUAUUAUCCUUUCAAAUCCUGUCAGUUCCUGGCAAAAAUGCUUGCCGCAGAAGAACAGCGCCACCUAGUAUGGAAAUUUGAUGAUGUCUGAUUCUCAUUUUUUUUUUCAUUAUUGUUUGAAUUAGUCAAUUUUAACAUCAUAGAGUUAAGACUCAUUGGCUGCCAUUGACGGGGAUAGACGUCCAAAGUACUAUUUCAUGUGAAUUUAAAUGAGUUUAUAAAUGGUAGAUGUCAAAUGGAUUAGACGUCUAUCGCCGUUAGUGGCAGUCAAUGAGUUAAGUCUCAAUACCUCAUCAUUUCCACUUUGUCUCCUGCCACAAAGACGACCACCAACAGGUAUGCAAUCACAUUUUGUACUACAUUUUAAAAAUUGAGGCUGUAGUGUUUAUUUUUGAAUGUAUCACACACAAAAAAAUGUAAGAUUUUGUACAUCUGAGAACUGUAUAGACUCACUUUAUAAGCGACAUAAUGUACAUAACAUGUAUUGCUUUCUAUUUGAUGAAUGUCACUGUUUUGCAGUGUAGUCUUUAGUCACACUUCUUCACUGAUUUACAUUUAAAACCUAUAUUUCGAAAAUUUCUCUUCAUUUUGUAUCGUUUCUUUGCAUGUUUUGCCAUGUCAAUCUAAUCUACCCCACGAAUGAUUUUCCUUCAAUUCCCUCUCCCUCCACUCAAUAGUGACCUUCAUACCAAGAGACCCCCUGACCAGCCUCUCUAUAAUUAGGCCGUCAAUGCUGAAGUUCGGAAACCUUACCCGUGAAUUUCAACUAUGCGUUCCCCGUCGUUUACUUUUCCACCCUUGACCUCAAUGCGCUCGCACCUUCCGCACGCCCUCGACCAAGGCCUAAACAUAUCGGACACCUCCCGUCGGGAUAAUUAGUGUCACAAGCCGCAUCUGUCUUUACAUCACCUGCACACAGGCAUGCUCAGCAGUAAGCACUCCCUUUGGGCAGAAAUUGGAUCUAUGUGACAUUCUAGCCUCGCUUGUGUAUAUAUAGUGUGUGGCGGGUGCACAAGUGGGAGGCGGACACUAGUUGCAUGUUUGCUGAGAAGUAGUCCAAAUAAUAUUUGCGAAAUGAUGGAGGUUGAAGGCCAUAAUGUGAUAUACACAAACACACUCUUAUGUUUGAUCAUGGACGGACAUGUAGAAAAGUUCUCCUCAGAGACAUCCUGCCAUGUUGCACAACAACUGCAUGCCGCUCUCUCACUGUUUACAUCUUCGCCGUGUAGUAAAGCAUUAUUUUAUGCCAUAUUCGUAUUGAAGGGAAAAGGUACCGUCAUCGCACACACCAUAUAAUUGUUUGCAUUAGUCUAACACAUUCAUCUAACUAUUGUUUAAGCAGACUCCACUACAUGCCCUUUGACACAGUAAAGUGUAUCACCUUAUCCGGGCUAAUGAGGGGGAGAUGAGAAAAAUAGUACAGUUUCUCGUAGGCACUGUCUAACUGUUUGCAUUACUCUAACACACGUAAUAUAAUUAAUCAGGAAAUAGUAUCAUUUUCAUAUUUACGGUAAGACUGCACUACUAAUAUAGAAUAAAGAGCACACCAUAGUUUAAUGAGAAGAAAUAGAAGAGAUACACAAUGCCGUCUUAUCACAGAAGCCCAACGCGUGCGUCACGAACAAGAUUGACGCACCAACUCUUGCAAUCAGCUCUCCCAGCAAAUUCCAAGGACAAAGCGCUUUGUCCUAAAACAAGUACAGCCAGCCCGGACAACAAAGUUGAUAGCGGGCGUCCCAUCCGCGCACGAACCUAAGCCGCCCAUAACCGGCCACAGAGGGGAAGACCCAAAAGCAACGCCCAGACACACCUUCGGACACACUUUCGACACGGCCUGCUUCACCAAGGACUUUAAAAAGACUGGACACUGAGAUAACACAGAUUUUUGCUG